AUGGUGCUGCUCCGUCUGACCGUCAAGGUCGCCCCUCGUUUGGAAGGCGAGCAGGCAAAGGACGAGGAUGGCCCGAGGAGCACCACCAGCUUCCUCAUGGUCAUCCACCAGCCAGACAAGAUGAGCCUGGGAGAACUCGCAUGGAGGAUCUCAGAGCAGUGGAAGAAGCUCCGUCCAGAGGCUGAGCCGCUGAAGAUCAAGAAACUCCUCGAUGAUAACCACGACGCCGACGAGCUGGACGCUGAUUUGACCGUGGCAGACGUGUUCAUAGACUAUGGCAAGGCGCGUGCAGACGGACUGGACCAGCGGGGGACGUUGCGAGUCAUCCCGCAGUCCACGAACACUCCAUCAAUUCGCUACGGCUCGGUCGUUCAGGACUGGGACUCUAUCACAACCCACCACUCCCGAAGGGCCCCAAGACUUGAGAGGCGGCAGCUUCCACCCUCCCCAGUGGCCAAUGGCCCAUCUUCAGCUUCUCCCGUCAAGAAUAACGCCGAUACAGCUAACGGGGACGCCGUUCAGGUCGAAGUUGCCGAAUCCGUCCUUCCGCUUUGCUCGAUCGAAGAAGAACCACCAGCUUUUGAGGAACGAGAAUUCACGCAGGAGACCACAGACACCAACCUUUCAGAAUUACCGCCAUCCCCUCUAGAUGCUUUCCCCAGUUCCACACGCCCACCCAGAUAUCACCGUGCUCGGCUAGGCAAAGAUAGUGCCAAUCCCACCGCAGGAGCUGAUACUUCUCUUCUUUCUUCACAAGCGGCCUCACAGAACCGGAAUCGUGAGACUACCAAAUCCCUCCGAUCAGCUGUUGACAGUCAUCCGUCUCUAAAUGCCGCCCAUCCUGAAGAACGGGGCUCAAAGAGAGCACGAAUUAUCGAUAGUGACGAACUUCUCGAUCAGUCUCCAUCCUCCGAUGCUAAGCAGAAACGUUCAAAACGACAAAGGGUUACGGAGACACCUGCCCCAGAGCCACAGACCGAAGAUGAAGAGAUGCUCGAUUUCCUGCCUGUGGAACCUAGUAUCGGGAAGGCUCUAGCUUUCCUAUAUUCUGAUAAAAAAAACGCAGAUGCACAACAGAACCUCCAGGAGCCCGUGAAAGAGAGUCUCAAGGGGGCGCCAGCCGUGACUGGGAAAAUCUGCACAACGUGCAAAGUAAGACCCAAGAGUACGCCGAAACCGAACCAGUUAGGUUUAGGUAUAACCGCCAGCCCCCCUAAGAUACGCACAGUUAACAAAUUAGAUAUCCAAAGAGACAAGUCCAGCGCACCCCUAACCUCCAAGGCGCCAGGACAUCUUACGCGCCCCCGCCCAAUUGGCACGCGCCAAAACUUCACUGAUAUCACUCAAGACGUGCCAUCUUCUACAAAAUCGUCCAAAGACAAGAAUGCCAUGCCAAGUAAAAAAGAUAAAGCUAAUGCUAAGAAGAAACCAACCGUGCCGCUGGCGAAGACAAACCACCGAGAGUCAAAGACUAACUCAGCCAUAGGCGAGAGUUGGACUAAUGAGUUUGACUGUCGGCUACCAAACUGGGACCACCGGCUGGCUAUUGACCAUGUGGCAGACAUAAUCCAAGCCGCAAAAGAAGUUGAUGACUCUCAAGUUCAAAUACCAAUUUUGGAAAAACUGCUCGAAAAUAUGAAAAUAUUGCGGCGCACUACCGGUUCACCUCGGAGGAAUGCACGGAAACGAGUGAUUCGGUCAAUUGAGUCUCUAGAGCAAAUGGCUAAACCCAAGCUUGGCUGGGAGAACCCUCAACACAACGAGAACGAGGAGGAUGUAAGUACUAUCUACGGUCCUCCCCAGUCAUCCUCCACGGAUGAAGAGUCCAACGAAGAAGAGGACGGAGCCCGAUCCGAGCGUUUCUCUCCUGAUUAUGAUUCCGAUAAAGAAGUAGAUGGAGAACUGAUGACAGAUCCAAAGGCCGUCAAGCAAGGUGAGGAGGGAAACGAAGGGGAUAGUGGAAAUGAGAACGAGAACCAGCAUAAUAGCGGUGAGAACGACGAAGGGAGAAUUGAUGAAGAGGACGAAUUGGAGAACAUGGAUGAAGAGGAAGAAGAAGAAAAUCAUACCCCGUCCCAUAUACGCGUAUCUCCUUCUCUCUCCGAUCCUGGCAACGAGAGACUGUCCAUCACUGGAUCUCGAGGAUCUUCUAAGAAGAACGUCCGUGAUCAGUCGCCAUCCAUUGACUCGGUAGCCUGGUCCGGAUCUGAAACCCGUGAACCUGAUCCGGGAGACUUGAAAACUGGUAGUGAGAGAGCCAGUGGAGGGGAGGAGGAUGAUGAAACCACACCUCGCGCGAAAGAAUACUGGAAGAAACCGUUCAGCCAGGCAUCAGCUGCUGCUUCCAAGUACAAUGAAUUAUUGUCCGUUAGCAAACAAGGAGAGGAACUUGAAUCGAGGGGCACGACUCGAUCCGAGAAAGAUACUGACGACAAGCCCAAGGAGACCCAGCAAGAGCAAUAUGCGGAAGAAAAGGUAAAACAAGGAGAAGAGGAAGCCAGUAGCAGCUCUGAGGAAGAGCAGGCUAGUGACAAUGAUGAAAAUGACGAGCAAAUCGACAGAGAGAAAGCCGAGAGCUCCAAAGGAGAAUCCAGUUCUGACGAGGAUUCCAACCCUGGUAGCGAAGACGAGGACGCCGUAUCUAAUGCGGAUACAUCAAAAAAGACAACAGCAAAGAAAGAAGCUGCUGAGCCUAAAGACUCGGACACGAGCUCAGACACAGACACAGACUCGGACUCGGACUCGGACUUGGACUCCUCUUCUGCCUCAGAGGGAUCAGAUAUCCAAUGCGGCAAACAAACUCCCGAGGAUGGUGAUAUGGAGACGGCACAACAGUUGUCUGCCAAAAAAGACAAACAAAACAAGCCGCCAACUGCUCCAAUGCCUCGCAAAAAGGCACAUGUUUUGAAACGAUCUAAGACAUCACUUCAUGCACCUUUCCAGUCAAGCCGAGCCUCAGCCUCCAACAAGAUGAACCUAGCCAGCUCUCCGCUCGCGGAGGAUAAGUCUAUCAAGCCGGAGUUCGUUACUUUCUCCCAGCCUGCGCCGACGGCAACCAGAGGUUCGCCAGCAGGAUCUGGCGGCACCAGCCCCCGGCCGACGUCCUCCAUACCAACCCCAUGGCGCAACAGUAGCCUUAAUAAUUUCUUCAAGAAGGACUUUACUAGAAAUAUGUUUUCCUCCACCUAG